AUGGCCAUGAGAUCCUUCAUUCAACGGUAUCAACGGCAAGUUGCCGAGAAUCCCAUGAGAACAUUUGGGUUGCAGGCAGCUUUAAUGUUCUCGAUUGGUGAUGUGCUUGCUCAACAAGUUGUGGAAGAAAAAGGGUUUCGUAACCAUGACCCUGUGAGAACACUACGAAUGGGGGUCUAUGGUUGUUUUGUUGCCGGACCUGUUACUGGAAAAUGGCAUCAGUUUCUUAACAGGACAGUAACAAUCAAGAACAGGGCAGGAUCUAUUGCGACAAGAUUAGCUAUUGAUCAGCUAUUCUUUGGUCCUACCCUGCUCUUCUUGUUUAUGAGCGGCAUUAGUAUUCUAGAAGGACAGACCCUGGCUGGUAUCAGAAGUAAAUUUGAAAAUAAUUAUGUGGAUACUAUGAAGAGAUCAUACCAGUUCUGGCCAUUCUUCAACCUCAUCAGCUUCACGUUCUUUCCUUAUCAAUACCGUCCUUUGGCCAGUAGCGGUGCAUCGGUUGUGUGGAAUGCCUACCUGUCUUUUGUCAAUCAAAAGGCAUGUCAAGUUGCAGCCAACACCCCUGUAGUACAUGUAAUGGCCGAAAGAAUCCCAUGAUAUUAAACAAAAAAAAAUAUUCUAGUUAUAAUAUAUACAUAUAUAUAUAUACAUAGUAUAAUGUGUGUGUGUGUUUUUUUGAUCAUUUAUUCGAUACCUACUACUAUCUCUCUUAUCUUGACCUAUUAACACACUCAUUUUAUAUACAAGUUAUAUCUCUAUUAUUCACAGAUAUUUUCAUUUCAAACCAUAUAGACCGAAAAUACAAAUAAAUAAAUAAAUAAAUAAAUAAAA